CCAGGUGAAGUUGUGUGUCAAUGUGUCGAGCGAAGUUUGUCAAUGGUAAGUUGAUUAAGAUAAGUAACAAUUAAUGUGAGUUUGAGACCGAGUUCUUACUAGGUAAUUGGUAUUAUGGGAAUUGAAAUGGCUGGUGGUGUUUAUUGUCCGUUGUCACCUCGAGAUCCACAACAUCGUUUAUAUGCACUUACACAACAAACUCAAAGUCGUCUUGUUCUUCUUCAUCAUUUAACCAAGGUCAAAUUCUAUCUUAAUAUUGUUGUGCUUGAUAUUGAUUCAAUAUUAAAUAUUAGUAAUAUGGAUAAUAAGGUGAAUAAUAAUUGCUUUUCGAGUGUGAAAGUGAAGGGCAAAGAGAUAGCUUACAUUAUUUUCACUAGUGGUUCAACUGGUACACCCAAAGCGGUUCAAGUUCGACAUAAGAACUUUAUCGACUGUAUCCACUCUUUCAUUUACAUUAACUUAUUUAAUAAAAAUGAUACAGUUAUACAAAUAGCUCGUUGCUCAUUUGAUAUUCAUGUCCAAGAAAUACUAGGUACAUUGUUAGCUGGAGGCACAUUGGUUAUGCUUCAUCAAGGUGGAAAUAUUGAUUUCGAUUAUUUAGCCAAAGUCUUUGAAAACAAACAAAUUACAUAUAUAACAGCUGUACCAAGUAUACUACACAUAUUUUUCACUUCUAUUCAACAGAACAAGAACAUGAAGGCUGUAAAAUAUCUUCGAUCGCUUUGUGGUGGUGGUGAGUGA